UUUUUCGAUACAGAAAGACCCGGUCUCCUUGGACUGAGAGGCUUUGACUGUGAAGGCAAUAAUCCUAAGUAUCCGUUUCGUGCCUUGGUCAAGCUUUAUGCUAAGCUUGGGCUUCAUCGUUACAAUUUGUUAGAGUUCUUCAACAUGAAAAUCGGCGGUGGUGCUUCCUCUUACUACAUCACCUUGGCAGGAUGCGCUCCAGAUAGUGAUUUGCAGCAAAGUUUCCAGGUUAUAGUUGCAGAAGAGCGUCUAGGCCUUUUAGAUGUUAAGGUCUCUAUGCCUAGACCUCGAGGUGAAGAUGAAGAUGAAGAUGAAGACGUAGUUGAAGUUGUAUUGCCUGAUUGGCCUUCAGAGACUGAUUUCAGUGAUAGGAAGCGCUUUCGCAUGUUGAAGGAAUCAGAGCUGCGAUCCAAUGAUUGGAUCACUCUGUACUUGGAACUUGCACUCGCUGCUCACGAUAGGACCCUUACAGAUCUUGAUCUCUUGGAAUUGGAGAUUGUUCAAGUGGCUAUAGAAGAUGUGGAAACGCCAAGAAAGGGGGCCAAAACUGCAGUUUAUUAUAUAUCGUAUAAAGACGUGGCAAAAGCUCGGAAGGGUGAGCCUGUUGAUCGGAAGGCUGUGGUUAGAAGAGUGCUCGAUGAGCCUUCGGGAGAAUUGGCUCUUGUCGGUGAAGAAAUAGCUCUUGUUGGUGAAGAAGAAGAAAUAUCGGGAGAAUUGGAAACUUAUUGUUAG